AUGCACAUUGAAGAGAUAAUUUUGGAUGGCUUUAAGAGCUAUCCAACAAAAACGGUAAUUGGGCCUUUUCAUCCCCAAUUUAAUGCAAUAACAGGUUUAAAUGGUAGUGGUAAAUCAAAUGUGUUAGAUGCAAUUUGUUUCGUUAUGGGAAUAAAUAAUUUGAAUUUAAUUCGAGUUAACAGAUUAGACGAACUUAUAUAUAAACAAGGACAAGCAGGAAUAACUAAAGGAAGUGUGACGAUAAAAUUUAACAAUGAAGAAAAGCCAAGCCCAUUACAAGAACCAUAUAGGGAUAUGAAAACAAUUACUAUUACAAGACAGAUAAUGUUAGGGGGUAGAAAUCGAUAUUUAUUAAAUAGCCACAAUGCUAAACCAAAGGAUAUUAGUGAUUUUUUUCAAUCAUUAAAAUUAAAUAUUAAUAACCCUCAUUUUUUAAUUAUGCAAGGUAAAAUAACAAAGGUUAUAAAUAUGAAACCAAUUGAACUUCUUGGUUUAAUCGAAGAAUCAAGUGGAACGAAACUUUAUGAAGUCAAAAGAACAAAUGCAAUAAAAUUAAUGGUAAAAAAGGAUCAGAAAUUAGAAGAGAUAAAUAAAGUGUUAGUAGAAGAAAUUGAGCCAACUUUAAUAAAAUUAAAAAAAGAAAAAGAAGAAUAUAAUAAAUUUAUAAGCAAUAACGAAGAAAUUGAAAAGUAUGAAAAGUUAGAUAUAUCUUAUAAAUAUUAUGUAGCUAAAAAUAUAAUGAUAAAAAACCAAGAAAAAAUUGAAGAAUGUACAAAUGAACAAAAUGAUAUAGAAAAUAAUAUAAACAGUAUAAAUGAUGAGAUCGAAAAAUAUAAAAAGGAUAAAGACAAAUUGGUUAAUGAAACUGCCAUUGCAAAUGAACCCAUAAAAUUACUUAUAAAAGAAAAAGAAGAAUUGGAGAAAAAAAUAUCAAACUUAAAAUCUGAGAUUAAAAUUGAAACUAAAGAAAUGGAAAAAGAAAAAAAAAAGAGAGAAGAUAUUAAAAAAGAGAUAAAAUUUAUAGAAAAAAAAUUAAAUGAUUACGAAAAAAAUGAUGAAAAAAAUAAUAAAACAUUGAGAGAUUAUGAAAACUUAAGAAGUAAAAUACAAACUUUAAGAGAUGAAUUGAAUGAAAAACAAAGGACAAUUAAUUGCUUACUUAGUGGGGGUAUUAGUAAUAAUAAUGCUGAUGGGAAUAAUAAUGGAAAUCAAUAUAAUGGGUCUUUUAGAGAUCAAUUAAAAAAUUAUAAAACAGACCUAAGUAAAACUGAGACAAAAAUAAAUAACUUGUUACAAAAUAGCAAACAUUUAGAAAAGGAAAUAAUUUCAUUAAAAAAUCAAAGGAAAAAAUAUGAAAAGGAAUUUAACGAAAUAAAUAAAGAAAAAAUUGCCGAAGAGAAAAAAAAAGAGACAGCAGAAAAACAAUUAGAAAAAAUAAAUUCACAACAUAACAAUUUUGAAGAUAUGCCAAAUUUACAAAGAGAUAAAUAUAAUUUACGUAAUGAAUUAGAAAAAUUGAAUCAAGAAAUUCAAAUUUUAAAAAAUUUAAUUAAUAAUGUUAAAAUUGAUUUUAAAAUACCAAAUAAUAUGAAAGAAUCAGAUGUAUAUGGUCAAAUAUAUAAAUUGAUUAAAAUAAAAAAAGACUAUGAAAAUACUUCACUAGCUAUUCAUUUAAUAUUAGGAGGUAAAUUAUCUUAUAUUUUAGUACAAAACAAAGAAAAUAGCAAAAAAUUGUUUGAAUAUAAUAACUUCUCACAAAAUACCAGAAGGGUUACAUUGUUACCGUUAAAAGAUUGUAUUGUUGGUCGAGAUUUAAAUGAAAAGUGUGUUGAAGAAUGUAGAAAAGAAUUAGGUCUUGAUGCAAAGGAUAAAAAAGAUGUAAUUUAUUUCUUAGAUAUAAUGGAAUAUGAUAAGAAAUUUGAAAAACUUGUAAAAUAUUUAUUUAAUGGAACUAUUAUAUGUUCAAAUGUUGAAUUAUGCAAAAAAAUUACUUACAAUGCUAAUAAAAAAUGUUCUUAUCCAACUAUCACAUUGGAGGGUGAUAAAUUCGAUACUUCUGGAAGCAUGUCUGGGGGUUCGAAUAAAAAUAUAAAUUUAUUUUUACAACAUUAUGAAAAAUAUCAAAAUAUAAAAAGGGAUUAUCAUUCAAAAGAAGAAGAGAUAACAAAAAUAAACAACAAAUUAAUCGCUUUUGAAAAGGGAGAAGAGGAAAAAAAGAAAAUAAAUAAAGAUAUUCAAAUUAUAUCUAAUAACUUAAGUAAUAUAGAAAAUAGAAUUGAAACAAGUAAAUAUGGAUGUUUAACCAAAAAAAUAGACAAUGCUAAAGAUGAAAUUGAAAAAGGCAGAGAGGAAUUAAAAACAUUGUAUGAUGAUCAAAAAAGAUUAAAUGAAAUUAUACGAAAACUUGAAAAAGAUAUAGCAGAUUAUGAAAAUAAUAAAGAUAAAAAAGAAGACGAUUUAAAAGAUAGCGUUAAAAAAUUAAAAAAUAAAAUUAAACAAUUAGAAACAGAGGAAAAUAAAAAAAAAGAACAAGUAGAUGAUUUAUUAAUGCAAAUCGAAAAUUUUAAAAAACAAGUUGAAAAGGAAAGAAAUGAUUUAAUUAUUGCAGAUGCUACAAUAACUGAUAUUGAAAAUAAAAUAGUGGAAUUACAGAAAAGUAUAGAUAUAGAAAAUGAAAAUUUAAAAGAACUCGAAAAUAAAAUUGUUCAACUACAAAUAAGUUUUGGUUCAUACGAAAAUGAAAUUAAACAAGUUGUUAAAAAGAUUGAAGCUUUAGAAAAAAAAAAAAAUAACUAUGCGUUAGAUCUAAAAAAAUUAGACAAUAAAUUAAUAGAUAUAAAAAAGGAUUUUAAAUCAGCAAAUGAUACUGUCAAUUAUUUGAAUAAAACUCAUGUAUGGAUAGAAUCAUAUGAAUCAUUAUUUAAUAAAAAAUAUACAUCUUAUGAUUUUGAAAAUUUUAAGCAUGACGCUAUACAAAAAAAAAUUCAAGCAUUACAAAAUGAGCAAAACAAACUAUCUAUUAAUAUCAACAGAAAAGCAGUUCAAAUGUAUGAACAAGUUCAAGUAGAUUAUAAAGAUUUAAUAACAAAAAAAUCUCAAGUUGAGGAAGAUAAAAAAAAAAUCCAAGAAGUCAUAGCAGAUCUUGAUGUAAAGAAAAGCGAAAGCUUGCUAACCAUGUAUCAACAAAUUAAUGAAUAUUUUCAGGCAAUAUUUUCAACACUUCUUCCAAAUUCCCAAGCAAAACUAAGUAUUAUCGAUGGGGACUUGGCCAACGGACUAGAAAUGAAGAUCGCCUUUAAUAACAACUGGAAAGAUUCUUUAACAGAAUUGAGUGGAGGUCAAAGAAGUCUUUUAGCUUUAUCAUUAAUUCUUGCAAUAUUAAAAGUGAGAACGGUUCCCAUGUAUAUUUUAGAUGAAAUUGAUGCAGCAUUGGAUUUAAAUCAUACUCAAAAUAUUGGAGAUAUGAUAAGAACACAGUUUCCACAUUCACAGUUUAUUAUUGUUUCAUUAAAAGAAGGAAUGUUUUCUCAUGCAGAUGUUUUAUUUAAGAUGAGAUUUAUUGAUGGUAUUUCAACGGUCAAUAGACAUUCAUUAGAUAUUAGACAGUGUGCAAACAAAAAAGAAAUCACUGAUGUAAAAAAAAGAAGAGUUACAAUUCACGAAAGAGAACCUGAAGAUGAUUAA